UGUCAGCUGUGUGGCGUGAGACGUGGGAGGAAGCGUGUGCUCCCGCGAGAACUCUGCCUUUCGUCCCUGGGCUGGUGUUGGGCCGUGUGUCGUCCUCGGAGGGUCCCGUCGGGUCGCCCGGAGCGGUGCUUGGAGUCGGCACAAUGAGCAGGAUGAGUACCUCACAGGACCAGAGUGGCUGCUCCAGUAAUAGAGAACCCCUUUUGAGGUGUUGUGAUGCACGGAGGGACUUGGAGCUUGCUAUUGGGGAAGUUCUCCGAGCUGAACAGCAAAUUAAAGAUAACUUGCGAGAGGUCAAAGCUCAGAUUCACAGCUGCAUAAGCCGUCACCUGGAAUGCCUUCGAAGCCGUGAGGUGUGGCUUCACGAACAGGUAGAUCUCAUCUAUCAGCUUAAGGAGGAGACACUUCAGCAGCAGGCCCAACAGCUCUACUGGUUGCUGGGUCAGUUCAACUGUCUUAUUCAUCAGCUGGAGCGUGCCCAAAGCAAAGAUCUAGCCUAUCAAGUCUCCCUGUGCCUGGAGCGACUGGGCAGUUUGACCCUCAAACCUGAAGAUUCGACUGUCCUACUCUUUGAAACAGACACAACUGCUCUGCGCCAGGCCAUCACCACGUUUGGGUCCCUCAAGACCAUCCAAAUUCCUGAGCACCUGAUGGGUCAUGCUGGUUCAUCAAAUACUGGGUCCUUCCUGGAUAAAAGAGGCUGUAUCCCAUUGCCAGAGCAGCAGAAGUCAGCAUCCAGCACCACAGCUGUCCCUCUGAGCGAAUGGCUCCUUGGAAGCAAACCUGCCGCUGCUCGUCAGGCUCCCUACAUACCCAGCGCCAACCUCCAGGACUGGCUCCCUCAAAAGCAGACCUUGGAGAACGGUCAGACUUCUGCCAGAGCCUGCACUUUCUUCAGUAAUGUCUGGGGCAACCUGAAGGGCUUGGAAAACUGGCUCCACAAGAGUCAGCAACAAGAAGUUGCUGAGAAACCGAGUUAUCAGCAGUCUAACAGUUGUUCUACCACCAGCUCUUCCUCUGCUGAGAUGGAAAAGGUUGGAGAUGAAGAGCUGCUGGAGCAAGAUGACAUGGACCUUUCUGAUUGGCUGCUGACUCCCCAGGAAUCCCAUAAGCUGGAGAAGUCCAGGAAUGACAGCUGUGACACCAGUGAGAAGUUCAAGCUCUUGUUCCAGGUGUUCCAGGAGUCCUAUAAUGUGAAUGAUUGGCUCGCAAAGCCUGACUCCUGUACCAGUUGUCAGGGCAACCAGCCCAAAGGUGUGGAGAUUGAAAACCUGGGCAAUCUGAAGUGCCUGAAUGACCACUUGGAGGCCAAGAAACCUUUGUCCAUCCCCAGCAUGGUUACUGAGGAUUGGCUUGUCCAGAACCAUCAGGACCCAUAUAAAGUAGAGGAGGUAUGCAAAGCCAACGAGCCCUGUACAAGCUUUGCAGAGUGUGUGUGUGAUGAAAAUUGUGAGAAGGAAGCUUUAUGUAAAUGGCUUCUGAAGAAAGAAGGAAAGGAUAAAAAUGGUAUGCCUGUGGAACCAAAACCUGAGCCUGAGAAGCAUAUAGAUUCCCUGAAUAUGUGGCUUUGUCCUUCCAGAAAAGAGGGAACAGAACAAGCUAAGGCACCAAAAGCAGUGGCUUCUUCUAAAAUCGCUGAUUCCUUCCAAGUCAUAAGAAACAGUCCCUUGUCGGAGUGGCUCUGCAGGCCCUCAUGCAAAGAAGGAUGUCCCAAGGAAGUGCCUAGUACUGAGGACAGAACUGGCAAACAAAAGCUUACGAGCCCUGUGGCCUCUUCCUGGUGUCCCUUUAAUACAGCUGACUGGGUCUUGCCAGGAAGGAAGAUGGGAAGCCUCAGCCAGUUAUCCUCAGGAGAAGACAAGUGGCUACUUCGAAAGAAGGCCAAGGAAGUAUUACUUCAUUCCCCCCUGCAGGAGGAACAUAACUUCCCCCCUGAGCGUUACGGCCUCCCAGCAGUUUGUGAUCUCUUUGCCUGUAUGCAGCUUAAAGUUGACAAAGAAAAGUGGCUGUAUCGAACUCCUCUACAGAUGUGAAGCAACAGAGUACCACUGUCAAGCAACUUUUCUGCAAAUUAUCACAUCCAUGAGCCGAGUGACUGUGGCUUGCCAAAGCUUUGUGUUUCUGGGUCUGACUAGUCAGCUUCGUUCCUUUCCUGCCUAAUUUUGAACUAGUGAAGAGAAUAAGUCAUCAAAUCAUGAGUUACCAUGUAAAAGAAAAAGGCUGUUUGUUGAUGCUGAGGUGAUUCAUUUCCUUCUUACAGAAGUAUUAAUUCACCCCUUCUAGAAACACGGCAUCUUGGUGGAUAGGUCUUUUUCAUAAGCCUCCAAGGCUCCUUAGAUUGGGUUGUUACUGGAAGUACAUUAAAACACUGUAGCUUCAAAAAUGAAAUAGUUCUAUAAUCAGGGUGUGUUGAGGUAUUCUAAAGCUAGUCAACUUCCCUAACCUUGACCUUUAGAUGCUUCCCUUGCUGUAGGUUUUCUUCCGUUAGUGAUGGAAACAAUGAUUCUUCUGUUUAAUAAUUAAUAUAUAGUAUAUGUUACACAAAUAAUUAACCUUACCAAUAAUAGUGAGUUUUUCUUACCAAAACGUGUGUAACAGUCUUGGCAAUUUUUGCUAUUAAGUACAAAACAUUUUAGCCUACAGGUUAGGUUCUACAUUAUUUUUCUUCUUUUGAAAGAAAUUCAGCUACUGCAAAUUUUGUCUUUAUUCUCUUCUCUAAAUGUAAAGUAUCCAGCGAGCUCUUUUAAGAGGGGUGCAGUAUUGCUUCAAGACUAUAUUCAGGGUAGUCCUAGCCUCUUUCAAAAUACUCUGAACUACAGGCGCAGAAGAGCCCCAGGGGCGACUAUCAGAGAGCAAAAGGCAAGACGUGGUGGAAAUGUAGUACUUGAACUAUUCACUAGCCUAAGGGUUAUUGGUGCAUCCUGUGUAAACGCGAGCUGAGCUUGACACCUGGUGCUUUUAACUAGGAAGAAAGUUCAUGUCCUCUCACUGCAAGCAGAGCCUACAUAUACCUCUAAAAGUAGAAUGCAGUGAUAUUUUCGUGAACAGGCCGUUGUGAACACUUGUGCCUUGGGGUGUUUAUUGAAGCUUUAUGAAAACUUGAUGUUUUCUCAAUAUCCUUAAAGUCAUGUCCAUGCUUUAAAAAGUUUUUCUGUAGGAGAGAAAUGAGAUUUAUAAUGUUUUUAAAUUCUCCGAUAUCUUAGAUGCUUUCCAGGCUUUUAAACUAUUAAGCCAGUCAAUUUGUGUAUGUUAUUGGAAAUACUUUCAAGUUUGUGAUUUGCUCAUCUAGAAUGCCCUUUUGGGGAAACUUACGAAUCUCAGUGUCAUUGCCACUCAGCUUCAUUAGAAUUCUUGAACCACAGCUGAAAAGAGCCUCCUAUUAUUUUUCAGUGUCCCCAGAUACCUAUUUAGAACUUUAAAAAUAAAGGUGGUGGUAAAAACUUAAGGAGCCUUUCCAUUAUCUUAGGUUGCAGGAAACUUUAUAGUUGAGUUUUAAUAUACUGUGUAGUCCUAAAUUUACAUUAAUCACUAUGCUAAUGAGUAUGUAAAACAUUCUUUUGCAUUGAUGCAUUUUGUACCUCCCUCCAUUAAAAGCAUAACAGCCGCA